UAGGGUGAUAUGUUAGCUCUUCCCUUUCUUUAUUUAAUCAAAAUCUUUUGAUUCUUCUUACAUUUAACUUGUCCCAUGAGCAUUAUAAAUAGCUUGUGCUUGUAUUUAUAUUUCACAAGAAACUCUUAGUUGUAGCAAAGAUGAAAACCAAACAUUUUAUCUUCAUGUAUUUCUAUGCACUGCUUUUUAUCUUUGUUGUGGCAAUUGAGCCUUAUGAAGAUGGAGAAAAGACUGGUGAAAUAGAAGAAUCAAAGACAGAUAAUACAGUAAAUCUCUAUGAAUUUUGGCCAGACGAGAGUGGAAACAAAAAAAAUGGUGAUUGCACCGGUGAAAAAGUCACACGUUUUCCGAGUGGCGGAAGAGAGGGCUACGGUGGAAAAGUCACACUCAUUCCCGGUGGUGCCAAAGUCAUUCCCUAUCCUGGUGAUGGUGAUCAAAAUGGAAAAAAAGGUGACUGUGGAAAGGGGGCGGGUGUAGAAAGUAAGCGGCAGUGAGAUGAUAUUUUUUUUGCACAUUUAUAUUUCUUCCGGCCUUAUUUAUAAACAAAAGUUGCUUUUUAAAUUCAUUGAAAAACCAAUGUAUCUAGCUUAAAUAUAGGAAACUCACUUAUCCAUUAUAGAAAGAAAAAAAAAAUACCCCGGAGAAAAAUAUAAAGGACUCUAAGAAAAAUAUAUAAAAAUGAAAUAACUUUGUAACUCCUCGAGAAUUAAAGCAACCAUUAACCUUUGAAUGUUAACAAAAAAUUAGUGUGGUGGUUUUAUUAUCAAUGGAAAAAGCAAUGUUAAAUAAAAUUUAUUAUAAUAAUUUAAUAAAUAAUUUUGUUUCAAAAGAUUACAUAAAUAUAAAUAAAAUAAUUUUGAUAAAA